GGAGGCGGGAGGUGCUGGGGCCGUUUAAGCGGCCUCCCUCCCGCCCCCAGCCGCCCGGUUUGGCCCUGGCUCUGUCCCGACCCCCAGCCUGGCCCACUCUGGCCCUGCCCGGCCGAGCCGCUCCGCUGGGCACGCAGGCGGCCUCUGGAGCAACCCAAGCCCAUGAGGGCCGCGCGCCCGGCCGCCCGUGCGGACGAGACGGAGCUCCCGGCACCCGAGGAGGAGCGGAGGAUCAAUGCGGGUCAAGAAUCGAUUCCAGCGAUUCAUGAAUCAUCGGGCCCCAGCCAAUGGCCGCUACAAACCAACUUGCUACGAACAUGCUGCUAACUGUUACACACAUGCAUUCCUCAUUGUUCCGGCCAUCGUGGGCAGUGCCCUUCUGCAUCGGCUGUCUGACGACUGCUGGGAAAAGAUAACAGCAUGGAUUUAUGGGAUGGGCCUCUGCGCCCUCUUCAUUGUUUCCACAGUAUUUCACAUUGUGUCAUGGAAGAAGAGCCACUUGAGGACAGUGGAGCAUUGUUUUCACAUGUGUGAUAGAAUGGUUAUCUAUUUCUUCAUUGCUGCCUCUUACACUCCAUGGUUAAAUCUCCGUGAACUUGGACCCCUGGCAUCUCAUAUGCGUUGGUUUAUCUGGCUCAUGGCAGCUGGAGGAACCAUUUAUGUAUUUCUCUACCAUGAAAAGUAUAAGGUGGUUGAGCUCUUUUUCUAUCUCACAAUGGGAUUUUCUCCAGCCUUGGUGGUAACAUCAAUGAGUAACACCGAUGGACUUCACGAACUUGCCUGUGGGGGCUUAAUUUAUUGCUUGGGAGUUGUGUUCUUCAAGAGUGAUGGCAUCAUUCCAUUUGCCCAUGCCAUCUGGCACCUGUUUGUGGCCACAGCAGCUGCGGUGCAUUACUACGCCAUCUGGAAAUACCUUUAUCGAAGCCCUACAGACUUUAUGCGACAUUUAUGACCAAUCUGUACUAGGUCUCCAAACCAGUAUUAUUUCAAUUAUUACACUUGGGAGUGGGGUGAGAGCUAACAAUUGCACAUGGGAAAAAGAAGAGAAAAAGACAACUGCUCUGACUUUCUUUAUAUCUUUUGAAUAUAAUUACUGUGACGGUAUAAAGGCUGUAUUCUGGAAUUUUUCCCCCUCACAGCAAAUACAUAAGGUGUAGAGAAUUAAUUAUUCAUUCCAUUCCACUUUCAUGAAGGACUCUGGAUAGACUUGGCCAACUGAUGUUUACAAACCAGAAUUUUGUAUUUUAAUUUUACAGAUUUUACUACAUGAUUUUUCUAAAUUACUAGGUCAGGUUGUAAAAGUCAGUGCAAUAACAAAAUUGCUUUUUAAGAAAAAAAUUGUUUCUAUCACUUUCCCAUUUGUUAUGUAAAGAAUCGUGGACAGAAAUUACACUACUUUUUAUCAUGUUUCAUCUUGGCAUAACAUGGUUAUUUUUUAAAUAGAAACUUGAGUUUUUUGUAAAUUUUUAAAAAACAUAUCAUUGAAGCUCACCUCUGCAGCUCCUCAUUCAUGUUGUGAAUUGUUGCAGCAAGCAGUCAACAUUCCACAAACGAAACAAACAUUAUACCUCUUCUGAUCGUUUUAUUAAGCGUGGAGAAAUUGCCAAUUUUUAAAUACUGCAGUUUUCCAAACUUUUCUGCCAACCUCUAAAUGAAUUCAGUGCUGCUUUGGGCCAUGUACUUGAUCUAGUUUGGUUUACCAGUGAUGGACAAGUGUUUUGAUAUCAUUAACUUUUUCAAAAGAUCCACCUGUUUCUCUAUGCCUUUGCCAUGUUUUCUUCAGGGUCUCUUUCAACAGUGGAUGAGUAUUCUGUCUAUAUUGUGAUAGUAUUGUUGGGUCGGCCAUCUGCCGAAAACUCCCAAGGAACAUUGUGAAUUACAGUGAAUAGAUGUAGUGCCUGUUUGGUACACAACGGUUAAGUCAUUGUCACUUAGCUUUAUAUUAUCAGUUUGAUAUUUAUUUUAAAUUGUAGAACUAGAUGCAUAAAUUCACAUUUCUACCUUUCCUUUUCCUUUCCCAAUACUGUAAACUAUUUUUUUUUUCAUAAAAAAAUAUUUAAAGCAUUAUUUGACAGGUAGAAACUCAUGUGUCUGUAGUCCAUGGGUGAUAUCCCAGCAGUAGAGUGGUAUUUAUGUAUUAUUUUUUAUUUUCCCUCAGUGUCUUAUUAACAUAAUCUUUGCUUUGUUGAUUAAUCUCUUGUGUUGGUGUUUUAAUAAGUGAAAUAACCUCGCCUUUAGAUCAGGUGUCGAUAUUCCCUGUCUUCUGGUAAUGGGCUUAAUCAACAGAAUUGUUGGUUUGAUGAUAAGCUUAUUAAUUGAAAUUUUGUACUGAUGUGGCUUUAGAAGAGACUUUACUUGUAUGUAUAUAUUUAGGAAUCUCUGAUUUUGGUGAGUUAUAAGGAAUGAGGAACAAAGAACUGGUAUUUGCCAGUUAAUUUUUAAAUAGGCAAGGUACCCAGUGAAAACACCAACCAGACCACCCCUAUCUGCAUGAUUCUGAACAUUUGAAUGCCUGUUGUUUUACUGUGUAUAUUUUAUUUUUAAUAUAUUUUGUGGAUUCACUUAAAGUCUGCUCAAAAGUAACACUGUCAAAACCACUAAAAUGUAUGUAAAAAAUGUGCUGUAGAUUAGAAUAAAAUUGUUACUUGGAUUUGUUCUACUGUCUCUAAAUUAGAUGACUGUGAAAACAA